AGGCAGAAAUAACAACAGUAAAGUUUCCAUAUUAGGUUUCCAUUCAUUAGUAAACCUUUUAAGCUUAAACAUGAUGGCAGCUAUAUUAAUUCUCGCUGUUUUAACAGGGGCAAAUGCAAAGAUCCUAGCUACAACUGGGAACUCCUUUUCAGUCUUGAACAGACCUAUUUGUUGUCAAGAUGAUAUAAUCCUGACUGGAUGCAAACCUUUAACUAUUUCUCCGUCUCUGAUAGGAAAAGAUAACUAUCUUGAACUACCCGAAAAUAUUACAGUUUCUCUUUAUAAUACAAUUGGAACAAGCUCUUUCCAUUAUAACAGCAGUGUGGCAUCCUGUAUUCUUACCUAUAGCUCUAGAACUGAUGGCGCUCAUGGACAUUGCCAGACAACGGAAGGUCAGGCUUAUACAAUAGAAAACUGUGGAGAGCGUGGACAUGUUUGGAAACAAAUGAACAUGGCCCAUAUUGCUAAAACUGAACCUGCUGAAACUCCUUCUAUAUCAGGAGAUGUGCGCACUGAUCAUAGUUCCUUGAUUUCCCAAUCAAACACAGACAAUUCAUCAGUAUCAUUCUCUCUAAAAGUAUACUACACAGAUGAAUUUAGUAAAGUUACCUCAGACAUUCAUGGAUUUGUGACUCAAGUGCUAGCAGAAACUAAUCAAGGAUAUGCAAACAGUUUUAUUCCUAUCCAAGUGGAACUUCAUUGUUUAGAAAAAGCCACAGUUACUGAAAUACCGGAUUCAAAAAAUAUGAUUUCAAAUUUCCAAAACAUGAAAAGUUCAGUUUCUGCGCUGAGAGGUGGAGCAGACGCAGCUUUGCUUCUCGUUAAUCAAAUGGACCAUUGUGGAGUUGCAUAUGGAGAUAGUGUGUUAACAGGGGGAACAUUAUCAGUCAGUGCAAAACACUGUGCUUCAGGAUUUUACAGUGUGGGCCAUGGUCUUGCUCACAACUUUGGGGUUGGUCAUAUAUCUGGUCAUGUUAUUGAAAAGGGAGAUGGAUCUAUUGAAUAUAAAACAAUAAUGGUAGAGAAGAUACCUCCGGUUGAACCUAGGAUUAACUAUUACUCUAACCCUGAUGUAAUUUACCCUCCCACUGGAACACCUACUGGUACUGCCACUGAAAACAGUGCAAGCAUAAUAGCACUUAACAGAUUCAGCAUUUCAGGUAUUGGAAACGAAUCUGAAUUAUGCAGCUCAACUCUGCCACAAGAUUGCUCAGUGGCAAAUUCUCUACCUUGCCUAAGAUCUCUAUGGCAACUUAGGCCUGAAAGGGCUCGAAGCUCUGAUGAUUGCAAAAAGAUGUGUGACACACGAAGAGGUUGUCAAUACUGGACCUUUGCAUUGUUUAGCCGAGAAUGUUUCAUUUGGAGUUUUAGCUACGAUUCCUAUUACAACAGUAGGGGCUGGAGAAGUGGGCCUAAAACCUGUGAUGGUUCGUUGCCUGUUUAUCCUUGCAAAAUGGAAGAAACAAGAUUUGUAUCAUCAUUCCAUAGUACAAGAGCCAAAGAUGUUGAACAGUGCAAACUGGACUGCCUUUCCAGUGACUUUUGUCAUUCCUGGUCAUUUAAUGAAAUAUCAACCUCUAAUAUUCUGAAAUGCAGAUUGUAUCAGUUUCAAAGAGCACAGCUUGGAUGGGCAUCUGGAGUGUAUGGAUGCUAGUUUCUAUUUUAUUUUAUAAUAAUAUCUUGUAAAAUAAACUAGAACCUGGCUGCAAACUG